AUGAAUGAUAUGUAUAUGGACGACUACCUGGGAGGUGCCGAAUCAAUACAAGCGGCUAUUAUAUUACGCGAUUACAUUAUCGAGAUAAUGAAGUCAGCCGGUUUCAAACUACGUAAGUGGGCAUCAAAUUGUCCACAAAUGUUAACUGGUAUACUAAAUGAUGACAAUGACCCACUAAUCGUUUUAAAUUUAGACGACAACGAAAUAAAAACAUUAAGAUUGUGUUGGAAUACUGACAAUGACAGCUAUCAGUUUAAAUUAAAUGCGGAAGAGAAAACAAACAUCAACAAUACAACCAAAAGAGCGGUAUUGUCGUCGAUCGCUUCCAUUUUCGAUCCUCUCGGUCUUAUUGGUCCAAUAAUUAUUAAAGCAAAAUUAAUUAUGCAAAGGUUGUGGCAAUUGAAAUAUUGUUGGAAUGACUUAUUGCCAAAUGAAUUACAGCAAAAAUGGCUAAAUUAUAAGAACUCGUUGAUACAAAUCGAAAAAAUUGAAAUACCACGGUGUAUAAUUGGACGUAAUCAUGUGCAGUCAGUUCAAAUUAAUGGAUUUGCCGACGCGUCUGUUCACGCAUAUGGAUGCUGUGUGUACUUAAAGGUAACUGAAAACAAUGAUGUUUCAUGUAUUCGGCUAAUCGCAGCGAAGCCAAGAGUAGCUCCUUUGAAAGUAAUCUCUUUGGCUCGAUUAGAACUAUGUGCGGCCGUUUUACUUUGCCAUCUAGUAGAAAAAAUCGUGAACAAAUUAAAUUUAAAUCUCGGCAAAUUAGUUCGACUGCUUCCAUUUCUAGAUGAAAAUAAUGUGUUAAGAGUAGGCGGUCGGUUAAAUAAGUCAACUCAUAUCAGUGAUGAACAAAGAAAUCCAAUCGUACUACAUCCUAAGUCAUUUAUUACUAAUUUAAUACUUCGGUACAAACAUCAGCGUUUGCUUCACGCCGGUCCGCAAGCACUAUUAGCUGCCGUGAGAGAAAAAUUUUGGCCGUUAAAUGGACGAAAUCUAGCCAGAAAAAUUGUACACGAAUUUGUGGUUUGUUUUCGUUCUAAGCCGACUGUAUUUACACCAAUUAUGUCCGAUCUACCAGAAUCACGCGUAGAACCAACUAGAGCUUUUCAAGUGAGUGGUCUAGACUAUUGUGGUCCUGUUCUAAUAAAAGCAAGUUUAAAUCGAAAAGCACCGAAAUUAAAAGCUUAUAUUUGUGUUUUUGUUUGUUUUUCGACAAAAGCAGUACACGUCGAACGGGGAUUAUGUACAGCACUUUAUUCAGACAACUCCACUACUUUUACUGGUGCAAAUCGACAAUUAAUUGAAUUGAGCAAAUUUUUAACUUCUCCGGAGAACAUCGAAAAAAUAAGAAAAUUUACAGCGGAGCUUGGCAUUCAAUGGCAUUUUAUUCCGCCGAGAGCACCUCAUUUCGAGGGCUUAUGGGAAGCUGCCGUAAAAUCUGUUAAAUAUCAUCUUGUCCGACAACUUGGAGAUGUUUGUCUGACGUACGAAGAAAUGAACACUGUUCUUGUUCGUAUAGAAGCGUGCUUAAAUUCUCGUCCUCUUACACCUUUGUCGUUGGAUCCAACGGAUUUAAGGGCUCUCACUCCAGGNAUUACAGCAGUAAUGUUUGUCGUUGGAUCCAACGGAUUUAAGGGCUCUCACUCCAGGUCAUUUUUUGGUGGGUGGACCGUUAACCAGUUUGCCUGA